UGGCUGACAUGCGUAGCGAAUAAAGGAACAGCACAGAAGAGUGGAGAGUUAAAGAAUGGCAGGAGAAGGUGGCGUUAGGUUUGUGGGGAACAGAUAUUGGGUGCUGAGGCAUGGCAAAAGCAUUCCUAACGAAAUGGGCCUCAUUGUUUCCUCCAUGUUAAUCGGCUACAAAAUGAAAAUUUUAGUUUGGGAAAAUGGAAAACUUGAACAAUAUAAGUUGGCUCCUGAAGGAAUCAAACAGGCAGAAUUGGCUGGAGAGUCAUUCCUAAAGGUACUCAAAGAAGAUAAAGUACCACUUGAAAAUGUUCGAAUCUGCUACUCUCCCUUCUCGAGGACCACUCAUACGGCACAAGUGGUUGCAUCAGUUCUAGAUAUUUCUUUUGAAGGACCGCAGUGUAUGGUUCUAGAAGAUCUUCGGGAGCGCUUCUUUGGUCCUUCAUAUGAACUUAAGUCUCAUGAUAAAUAUCCAGAUAUAUGGGCUCUAGAUGAGAAGGAUCCAUUCAUGCAGCCUGAAGGUGGAGAAAGUGUUGCAGAUGUUGUGUCUAGACUCACAAGUGCAUUGAUUAACAUGGAGUCACAAUUUCGAGGAUGCACAGUGCUGGUGGUCAGCCAUGGUGACCCUCUGCAAAUUUUCCAGACGGUACUAAAUGCAGCUAAGGAUUACAAAGGAUCCUGUGGAAAUGACUUGACUUCAAGAAUACAAGCAGUCAAAAUCCCUUCUGUUCUCUCGCAGCACCGGAGGUUUGCUCUACAAACAGGAGAAUUGCGCUCAGUAGUAUAAUCCACAGCUUGAGCUGCACAUUCUGAAACAUUCUGUCAGCUCAUGCUGUUAUUCUGAAUCCCCUUUCUAAUUUAUCUGUGUCUAGGGAUAAUAAUUUGGUUUUUAACAAAUAUGUAAAACAAAUGAAGUAUAAAUCGAAUAAGGAACGGCAGAAUAUUCAAUUUGCAAUCUCCUUUGCUAGGGAGGUGAGCUGCUGUAUGAGUACAUUCAUUGGAGAGCUUUCCUAAUUGGCUUCUGGAAU